CAUCAACGAACGUUACAGCAUCGCUUUCUUCUAGGGUCGUAAAAAUCAGGAAGAUGGCCGACCUCAAUGAUAAGAAACCUGAAAAUACUAAAGAAUUAGUGGACGUAGUAGGACAUUUCGGACCAUGGCAAACAAGAAUACUUUUAUUAUCCUCUUGUUUAUUUAUACCUCAUGUUUGGCAUGUUAUGGGGAUUGUGUUUUUUGCUCCAAAUAUUGACUAUUGGUGCAAACGUCCUGAAAAAUAUUCAAAUAUUACCAACGAUCAAUGGAAGGCUUUAGCUAUUCCAUUAGAUUCAAAAACGAAUGAUAACGUCACCUACAGUCAUUGUUUAAUGUAUAAAAACUUUAACAACUCAAGCAUGGAGGAAGAAGACUCGGUUGUUAGAUGCAGCUCCUGGGAGUAUGAUCGCUCUCUUUAUAAGUCUACAAUCAUAGAUGAGUGGGACCUAGUCUGCAGCAAUGAGUGGUUGACUUCAUUAAGCACGUCUGUGUACAUGAGUGGUUUUCUGAGUGCUGUAUUUUUAUCUGGACAACUUGCUGACAGGUUUGGUCGUCGUCCCAUUAUACUAAUAAAUGUCGCCAUCUUCUUUGCCUCUGCUUUGGCGUGUUCGUUUUCUACAUCGUUUGCCAUGUUUGCCGCACUUCGAUACUUUGUUGGAUUUGGAGCUUCUGGAGCAGUCACAACAGCUUUUGUUUUAUUUAUGGAAGUGAUUGGACCAGAGUAUCGCAGUGUGAUGGGAAUUGUCUUCAUGCUAUGCUGGACCACUGGCUACAUUAUACUACCAGGAAUAGCUUGGUUUGUGAGAGAUUGGUUUACUUUGCAACUGACACUAACAGUCCCGUGGAUAGUUUUGUCCAUUCAUUGGUGGCUUCUCCCAGAAUCCCCUCGUUGGUUAUUGACUCACGGGAAGGUCGAACAGGCUGAGAAAGAAAUUGAAACAGCUAUGAGACUUAACCAUAAAGACGUAACCAACAUAAAAGAAAUUGUACAGAAUCUCAAGAGAAAGGAAGUAAAGAGAGAAGAGACUAAGAAGUUUCGUCACCCUACUUUCCUUGAUUUGCUAAAGACUUCUAACAUGAGAAAGAAAAGUUUGAACAUUUUCUUCACCUGGUUUGUGGUUUCCUUUGCCUUUUACGGGCUCUCAUUGAGGACAAAUGACUUGGGAGGGAAUCCAUACAUCAAUUUCUUCAUCGCUGGUAUAACUGAGUAUCCAGCCGCCAUUACAGUAAUGUUUUCAAUCAAGCACCUUGGCCGUCGUAUACCUUUAAUGGCGUUAAUGGUCUCUGGUGGGCUUGCCUGUGUGUUUACCUUUCUAGUUCCAAAUUAUCUCCACUGGUUGUUGAUAACCCUGACCAUGUUUGGAAAAUUUUGCGUCUCCGCUUCAUUUAGUAUUUUAUAUAUAUACUCUGUUGAACUAUUCCCAACUGUUGUGCGAAAUGUUGGGGUUGGGUCGAGCUCAAUGUGCGCCCGUUUUGGAUCAAUGGUGGCUCCUUUUGUUAAAGAACUG